AUGGGUUACAAUUUUCAUAUCAAUUCAUCAAUCCCAAUACAACUGGCUAAUUUAACUUCACUCUCCAUUCUCCACUUAUCUAAUUGUGAUCUACAAGGCACAAUUCCUUAUCUCCCUCAACUUAAAGAGCUUAAUGUAAGUGAUAAUAAAAAUCUUGAUCCUGAUCUACUAAAUAGGAUGUUUCAACUACCAUGGCCUAAACUACAAACACUUCAGAUAUCAGGAAAUCAAUUAAACGAAUCCAUUCCAAGUUCAAUUUCAAAUGCGCCACUGUUAACCAGUCUUUCUGCCACAGAUUGUUCAAUCCACAGAUCUUUACCAUCUUCAAUCUACAAUCUCUCUCGGUUACAGUAUCUGGAUCUUUCUGAGAACAACAUAACAAGCUCUAUCCAUUCCUCAAUCUCCAAUCUAAAAUACCUAAGAUUUCUUGACUUGUCUAAGAAUAAUAUCUUCGGAUCCAUACCAAAAUCAAUCUGUGAGAUUUUCUCUCUUCAACAACUUGUUUUAGAAAGUAAUCAGAUUACUGGAUCGAUACCUAGUUGCAUAACAAAGCUACGAAAUCUUAGUGUCUUUGAAGUUUCAAGUAAUUCUAUCGGAGGAGAAGUUUCGAUUAUCUCUUUGAUCAAUGGACUUGAUCUUACCAGCCUUGACCUGAGUUCAAAUAAAUUAACUUUAGCUAUAGAUGAUCAACACCUACAUCCAUCCAGACUUGAGAAUUUAAUGUUGAAAUCUUGCCGUUUACAAAGAUCUGUCCCUACUUCCAUUUGUAGCUUAAACAAUUUGCGAUAUUUAGAUUUGUCAUUUAGUAACAUAACAGGAGCAAUCCCUCCAUGCAUCUACAAACUCAGAAAUCUCAAAUCCUUAGACUUGUCAAACAACAGACUUCGUGGUCCUCUGCCUCUUCUACCUCCGGGUGUGGAUGCUCUUUAUCUAUCAAAUAAUAAACUUAAUGGUGAAAUUUCAAUAGAAAAUGGAGAAAUACUAUCUAGUAGCAGAAGUAUUGUGCUAUAUGGCAAUGAACUUUCAGGCUCUAUUCCCUCUUCAAUAUGUUCACAAGCAGAAUCAGAUGGUCUUAAUUUUAUUGAUCUCUCCAACAAUCAACUAUCCGGGACUAUACCUCCUAGUAUAGGGUACUGCAGUUCUCUUAAAUAUCUAAACCUCGGCGGCAACAAUCUCACCGGAAAUGUUCCAAAUGAGCUUCAACAAGCAGAAGAUCUCAGAUAUCUGCAAUUAAGCAACAACAGUCUCAAUGGUACUUUUCCUAAAUUCAUUGAAAAGUUGACGUCUCUGAAUGGUCUCGAUAUUGGAUAUAACAACUUUGAAGGCGUUAUACCCAUUGGUCUUGGUUCGCUCUACGACCUAGGGAUUCUUUCUUUAAGGUCAAACAAGUUCAAUGGGUCCAUUCCUGAGGAUAUUUUCCUUUUGGAUAAACUUCAAGUGCUAGACUUGUCAAUAAACAAUCUCUUGGGUCCAAUUCCUAAAAAGAUAGGAAACUUGAAGAGGCUAACCGCUAUAAUAACAGAGGGACGUCAAUACAGAUACGGAUUUCAAGACUCGAGAUCUUCGCAAUUUCACUUGGUUAUCAAAGGUACCAUGACACAAUUAGUGCAAGAUUACACUUAUAUUUCAGGAAUCGAUCUAUCAUGUAACAUUCUCGAUGGAAACAUUCCUGAAGAGAUAGGUUUCUUACAAGGGCUGGUUAUGCUCAAUCUGUCGCAUAAUUAUUUAUCGAACAAUAUCCCUGCAACUGUCGGGAAUAUGUCCAGUUUAGAGUCUUUGGAUCUAAGUUCUAAUGGACUUUCUGGACAUAUCCCACAAUCUUUGACAUUAAUCAGUUAUCUUGGGUCUUUAAACUUAUCUUACAACAAUUUAAGUGGCAAGAUCCCAAGAGAAACUCACUUUGAUACAUUGGGUUUGGAGGGUUCUGUUUUUGCUGGGAAUGAUUUAUUGUGUGGAUUUCCUUUAGAGAAAGAUUGUGAGGAUGACAACAAUGUACAUACCAAUGAUGCUAAUCGUUCAAAUCAAGUUGAUGAAGACGAUUAUGCAGAUGCAAACGAAAAGUUUUUGUUGUAUGCUAUUAUUGCCAUGGGGUCUGCAGUUGGGUUUUGGGGUUUGUUUUGUGUUUUGCUUCUAAGGAAACAGAAAUGGUGGUUUCCAUACUGGAGAAUCGUUGAUUUUGUUGCAGUUAAAAUUAUAGAAGGAUGUAUUCACAAAGAUUGA